CUAAUUUUUAAAAAUAAUAAUUUAUAUAUAAAAAAAGUAAAAACAAACACCCGCGCGGUUGCGCGGGUCAAAGUCUAGUCAAUAGUUAAAACAUAUCUUUGACCAAAAGCAAUAAACCUUUUUCCUUUGCAAUUUGUAACGGUUGGAUAUAAAAUCUACAUCAGUUUUUUUUUUCUCUUUUUCUUUUCAAAAAACAUAUUGAAAAUGAUAAAAAACUGACAUAAUUUUUUUAAAAUCAUCAAAUUUUGCAAUUUAAUAUAAUCAAUAAUCAAACACCACAACCUGCAAUUUAUCUUCCCGUUCGAUUGCUAGAACCCACGAUCAGCACCUGUUGACUAGUUUCAUAAAACUUAAACCAGUGUUACUAUCAUUAGUGCUGAAAACAAGAUCGAUCACUGCUAUUGACUGAACAGGAAUAAAACUAAUAACCAAUAAAUCAUGCAAAUCAUAACCGAAACACGUAAGUGCAGGAGAAUUAUUUUAAAUAAUUCAACCGAUCCUGCAAAAAAUAAUGUUAGCUCAAGAACACAAGCUUUACACAAUCUCAAAAGCUGGUUGAAGAAAACACAAAUCCAGAUUUUGUUUCGAGACCGUCGAUUAACCUGUUCUUAAAAAAAACAAUAACUUUUAACAAAUAUCAGUAUUGUUAGUGCAAAAGCAUAAACAAUAUUUAAAGAUUUAAGAGUGUAGGAACCUUAUUUUACUACCAUAGGACAGCUGAUAUUUGUAAAGAAUAAUAAGAACAUAAACUAAAAUUUCAAUACCAAAAUAUAAAAAUAAAGAAGAAUUGCAGAGUCGAGAUAGUUAAUCUCUUUCCUUAAAUCUUUAAACGCCCCGUAGUGUGACGGUUUUAUGGCGCUCAGAUUCCCAAGAUACAACUGCAGCAUUGUUUCUGUUUACCAUCACCGAAAAACAGAAUCUAUCGAACCUAUUUCUGUGAUGUACUCUCAGACUCAAAAGAAUAAAAAAUACUAGCAUAACUAUUCUGAGUGGGAGAAAUGUUCUUGAUUGUAUGAAUGUGUGUAUUUUCUAAAUGGCUCACAAGCCUUUAUAUAGAAAUAUAAUGAGAAGCACAAGUUUCAUUUUUCAACACAAAAAUGAAACCUCCAUAGUGCACUAAUGGAGUUUUUAAUUCUUGUCAUUAUUAUGUGAAUUUAUUCCACAUUUUGACCAAGAAAUUAAAGAAUAAAAUUAUUAUUGUUUUGACCAAUUCAAACAAAAUAAUAUACUUUAAAAUGGAUUUCUUUUUUAUAUUUUAUCAAUAUAAAAGAUCAACAUAUAUUUGGUUUAUAAGAUUAAGUCAAUGAACAUGAAGUCCAACUAACAAAUCAAAAAACCCAAAUCCAAUUUCAAAUAUCCAAUGUGUGUAUUUGCUACUUUAUACAAGUUUUUCAAAUCACACACAUUAGACCUCCAUUUCUCAUUCAAAUAAAACUUCUUUUUUGACAUAUGAAUACAUUAUUCAUAAUGUUCAAAAAAUAGUUCCAACAUUAUCAUAUAUCAACAUGUUCCAGUUUCCUGGAUCAGACAUAUCUUUCUUUUGUUGUUCCUUCUCUUCAUCUUGAUUCUCAUAAUCAUCUUGAUUUUCAGUUUCAUCUUGAUGAUCCUCUUUACAUCAUCUGAAUUCUCAAGUUCACUAUUAUGACCAUUAUCAUCGACAUCUUUAUCUCCGUUUUCUUUGUAAUCGUCUUUUUAUUCUUCUCCUUGAGCAGCGUGAACUCCCAAAUUCAGUACUAACUUUUUUCACAUACUUGAACAUAGAACCUUUUACUUAUCAAAAAAAAAAACAUAGAACCGUUUAUUGAGUAACCGUUUAUUGAGUACAUGUAUGCUUCUUGUUUCUUCUUCCUAGCUCUGUUUCCUGCUCCCGAUGGUUGACUUUUCUUAAUUCCACAGGGUUUGUUUUUGUUUAUUCUUGAUGGUGGCUUCUUCUCUUAGGCUCGACAAACAAAAGUACAAAACAAAACGUGAUUCAGUGACCAACUAGCAAUAAAACAUCCUUAAAAUUUGCUGAUAUUCUAUGAAUAAUCGACUAUCAUUAAGAUUGGUGAACACAAUAGAAAGCAAAAUUGUAAUAACUCAUAGGUCGUAACAAUGUUAAAACAUGAUACUGCUAUCAACUCAUCAGUUUUUAUAAAAAAAUUGGAAAAUAAUAAAGUAGUCACAGUACUCAAAUACCUUGUCCAUACGAAAACAAUGAUCAAAAGAACUGAAGCAAAAGAAAUCCUACUAUAUAUUAAUUGAGAAGUCACUUUAGUGACUUUUGCUUACGUAUCGAUCAUAGGUAAACUCUUACAAAAUUGUUAUAAUUUGAUUGGUUGAUGAUUUUUAAUUUUUAUUUAUUUUAUUUAGAUCUAAAAAAAAGGUAAGUCUAUAACCAAUUAAUAUUACUUGCCAAAUAAUUUACAUAGUAUUACAAAUAAUGAUUUAUGUUAAAUAAUUGUUAAAAUUAUAGAAAGAGAAAAAAAUUGAUCAUUUCUUAUAUUUAUAAACUACAUAAAAUAAUAAAUGACAAACUGUUCAUAUAAAUUAUUAUAGUGAUUUUAUAUUCUUAUUUAAAAGCAUUAUAUUUUGUGUAAAUUAUCAUAAUAACUAUUAACAUCUUCUAAAGUUCAUAUUACAUGCUUUAUAAAUCAUUUAUAAAAACAAUUAUCAAAUUAUUUAUCUUGGCUUAUUGUAUAUUUUAAAUUAUUAUAAGAGUUUGUAUGUCAUCUAUGAGAGCUUAUAAAUUAAUUUAUAAAAUUUAUUUUAAAAUCUUAUUCUACUCUCCUACUAUAUAUUAAUUGAGAAGUGACUUAAGAGACUUUUUCUUAUGUGUCGAUCAUAUAUGAAAUCCUAAAAAAUUGUUAUAAAUUGAUUGGUCGAUAUUAUUUUAUAUAGAUAAAUUUUGUAUAUUUUUAAAAAUACAUAAAUUAAUAAAGGACAAUUUAUUUUGAUAUAAAUCAAUAUAAUGAUUUUAUAUUCUUAUUUAAAAGCAUUAUAUUUUAUAUAAAUUAUCAUAAUAACUAUUAACAUCUUCUAAAGUUCAUAUUAUAUGCUUUAUAAAUCAUCUAUAAAAACAUUUAUCAAAUUAUUUAUCUUGACUUAUUGUAUAUUUUAAAUUAUCAUGAGAGUUUGUAAGUCAUCUAUAAGAACAGACUAUUGAUGGACUAGAAGACCAUUGAUGACAUGGUGAAAGCUUUAGUGGAGGAGCGUCUGAAAGUUCUAGGGAAAUUCCCGAAAUCAAUGAUAACCUCUCAAACGCCGGCAAAGAAAAUUUUUAUCGUUGGCAUCACCGCAGCAGAAUAUGCAGCAGAAGUCUGUCAAUAGUCCAGCGUUAGGCGAGACUCCUGGUAAGGUUAGGGGACCGAAAAAGAAUUUGGCCAAGGAGCUUGAUAAGGAUACAUGGAUGAAAAGGACUUUGGGUGAAGAUUUUGGUAGUGUCGCUAAAGCUACUGAUCUUGAUUUCGUAUAUGUUUCUCCUUCAAAGGCUACUACGGAUGAUAAGGAUGCUAUGGUUCCAGCCUAUGGACGUGGCUGCAGGGGCAGGCGUACUGUAAAGGAUGAGGAUGCCGCUGAUAAGAAAAAAACAGUGUAUGAAGAGGCUGCGUUGAAGAGGAAGGAGAAGGCUGAUGGUAAGAGAAAAGAGGUUGAGUUAAAGAAGCAAAAACAGACUGAGUUAGAGAAUCAAGAAGCCGAGGCUAAGAUAAAAGAGACCGAGUUAAAGAAGAAAAAACAGGCUGGAUAAAGAAGCAAAAAGAGGCUGAGUUAAAGAACAAAAAUGUGACUCCACCGCGUGUCAAUGUAAUUAGAUGCAUGGUUGAAAAAAUCUGGAGAGGACAGUGACUUUGCUGUGGUGAACGACGAAGUUCUUGCGGAAGAGAACGAAUUGGCGCCGGAGUCUGAUGUCGAGAAUCAGGAAGUUGUUAGAUCUACGGUAGUAAGGGAAUAUCGGGAGAAAAGUUUUCAAUUUUCUCCAAAAGGGGUUGCAUUGACGGCAGUUUCUUCACCACCAGUUUUUCCGUAUAUUGGAGACAAUGGAACGACAUGCAUGAGGAAGAAGGUUAAGCCUUCAUCAGCAAUAUAUGACCCUCUAGAACCUGUUGAUCCGGCGCUAUUCGAAAAACUUAUGCAACACAUUAAGGUAAUUUCACCCAAACCACCAAAACCAGCAGAUAAACCACUACUCCUCUCAGCUGAUCAUGAGAGUGACUUCUACAGUAUACUCAUCCAUGAAAUACCGUGGCCGGAAAAGGAAUAUAGAUGGGUGUUUGAUAACGUAAGUCUUUAUUACGGCUGAGUUAUAUAUUCUUUUAUUAUAUUGCCGCUAACUUAUAUAUUUGAUUACGGCUGACUUGUUAAUAUUCUUUGUUUAGCAUGUCGCUGCGUAUAUUAACGUCCUCAUUAAAAGGUUCAUGUGAAAUCUCAGCCCAUUCUUGUCCAAGCGGAUUGCCUUCCUUGACGUUUGGGUCUUAAAGCAGUGGUUAUGAAGAUCUAAUAAACGGUAAGCUUCACCUUGAAUUUCCAACAAAAUUGAAGUGGUAUGAAGAUGUAGAUCACUUGUACGGAUGUCUUCAAACCGGCAGAAAUCACUGGGUGGCGUUUCACGUGAAUCUGAAGAAGGAGAAGAUUGAUUGCUACAAUCCAAUCUUUGGACAUGUAACACCCGAAAGUGAGCAGAGAAUACUAGAUUCAUUUAAACCGCUAACGCUUAUGCUUCCCGCGAUGUUGAGUGAAUUUAUUCCUGUCAAUCUCCGAGCCCCUAGUAAGAAGAAGUUCACAUUCGGAAGGAGGAGCAAAAAAUACACUCCAUAAAACACCCAGAUUAGCGAUUGUGGGGUGUAAUCAUUAAAGUUUGUGGAGUGUCUAGCGCUUGGUGUAACUUUUGAUGGGAUAAACGAUAACAAUAUUCAAGGUUUACGGAUGAAGAUGGCAGCAGAGAUCCUCGAUGAAGGAGGAAAUAUUGGGAUGAAAAAUUUGCUGUCCAAUUGAAUCUGUGUUUGUUAUUUUGUACUUGACUUAAGUUGUUUAAUUUUAUUAAGUAUUUGACUUUAGCUAAUAUAUCUCAGUCUUAUAGUUUUUAUAACUCAGCCAUGUCGUAUAUGUGUAACUCAGCCAUACCCCAAACAUACCUUAAAAUCGAAAAUGUUCAUAUAACUCAGCCGAAAUGUUAUAUGUAACUCAGACGUAUCCAUUUAAAUAACACCAUACCCUAAAAUCGAAAAAUGUUUAUAUAACUUAGUCGUAUCGAUUAGUAUAAAUCAGCCAUUAUGCUAUUAUAACUCAGCCAUACCUCAAAUAUACCCUAGAAUUAAAAAAAAAAUGAAAUGUUUAUACUUUAAAAUGUUAUAUUGAAACUCCAAUUAUCAAUUUGAAGUGAAUAUAUAAUCAACUGAAUGUGUCUUCUUUAUUGAAUAUUCGAAUUUAGAAUCCAUCAUGAUCUUCAGGUAUAUGUUGUCUUAUGAUUACUUAAAACCUUACAUUUAGAUAUAAGGUGUGAGCAUAAUUCAAAACUCGUAAACUAUUAUUGUGUUAUUUAUUAUGAAUUUGUGUUAUUUAUUAUAUUUCUUACACCAUAAAUCCAAAUCCGAAACCUAAAUCCCCAAAAAAACAAACCUAAACCCUAAAUAAGCAACUUUAAACCCUAAACCCCAAUUAUUAAGUCAGCCGUAAAUGUUAAAGGAACUCAGCCGUGAAGUAUAACUUAAUCUUGACGUUUGGCGGGAAAAAGAUAACUGAAUCUUGGGAAAUUUUAACUCACGACGUUUGACGUUCUAUACUUCUCUAUAUAUUGUCCCCUCUCUUACACCUUUGCUUACGCCUUUCUCUCUCUAGAAAAAAAACCUAAACAAUAUCUCUCUAUCCCUAUCAAAAGUUAUGCCGAUUGUUCAUGGUUAUUCGACGAAGUUAGAGAACAAAGUCAAUGCAAUACUAAGCUCUGCAAAUCGUGAAAACCUCCCUCUUCUAUACCCUGGUCCGGGUGACUUGCUUGACACAACCAGCACUACCUGGUUCAAAUUUUUUAGUGAUCUCUCUCUCGUCAUCCCGUCGAUUCUUGCAGAAGGAUGGGUUCAUGAUUGGCCGAGAUACCGCGUCAUUCCCGAUCAUUUUAAGGAACGCUGGUUUCUUCAACUCGCUGUAAGGACGGGAUAUGUGUCCAUAUUAGAUAUAUCAACAGUUUGUCCACUCUGUCUACAUUGAGAACAUGUGUGUUCUUACCAACAGUUAUGUAAUUUUUUUGUUGUAGCGCAAAAACACGUGGGAUCGAAAGCAUAAUUCGACAGUUUGGACACAUUUUAAUCUUGUGGCCAGAACGCUAUUUCGUUGUCAGAUGCGCCAUUUGAAGAGCACUUGGGCAAACGGAGGCGACAAGCCUCCGUGGAUGCUAACUAGAGUUUGGCGUGAUCUCGUCCACAUAUUUGAAGAGUUUGGUCCUUACAAUUUUGGUUUCCGAAGUGAUGCCUUGUCUGUAUUUUGAACAUGAUAAUUUAUGUUUCUGAAUGUAAUUCGACAUGUCGAAUUCAUAUUUCUUUUAUAUUAUGUAUUAUAACUCAGCCACAAUGUAAAUAUAAUUCAGCCAUAUCUGUUAACAUAACUCAGCCACAACGUUUACAUAACUCAACAGUGAAUGUUAAUAUAACUCAGCCACAACUUUAUGUUAACUCAGCCAAAACGUAUAAGGUAACUCAGCAGUGAAUGUUAAUAUAACUCAGCCACAACUUUAAGUUAACUCAGCCAAAACGUAUAAGGUAACUCAGCUGUGAAUAUUAAUAUAACUCAGCCACAAUAUUACGCUAACUCAGUCUUGAAUGUUUCUGUGAAGGUUUAUACCAGAGCGUAGAUUAUCACUCACCCAUUUCAUUAUUAAUGGGAAGUUUCCACUUGCUUAAUUGGACUGAGUUGUCGAUUAAUUAUGGCACGUGAGGAAUAACUCCACCAACGAUAUGAGAAUAUCGAGACUAAUUAUUAUGAGUUUGAAAUAUACAAUUGUCACACAUGUGUCGAGUGAUUUACAAUAUCGAGACAUUGAAAUUUUAUAUACUUAAUACUUAAAAAGGAAAAAAAUAAACGUUGCCAUUUUAUGAUGUUGUCUUCUUACUCACCCUAAAGUCGCACUAAUGUUUAUGAAAUUUGUUUGAGAAUAAAAAUGUCUUCCUCAUCCUGCGUUUCAGAAGAAAAUUCUUACAGACGACGUUUGAACGCGGAAAUAGGAACGCGGAAACAAUGUUGGUGUGGUGAACCCUCUAAAAUUUUUACAUCUGGAGCGCCACAAAUCCAGGAAGAGUGGAUAUUGCUGCACAAAAGGAUAUAAUAAGGUUCAUUUUGGUUCGUAUUUUGCAUGUUCUGUAACGUAAUACUUAGAUCUGAUUAUAUUGGUGAAAACAGAGACAUUUAUUCAAAUGGGCGGAUGAGUGUUUGGUGGAAGAGGUUGGGGAUAUUAAGUCACUGAUAAGUGGCAUGAACAAAGACAUCUCAGAAUUUAGACUUAACGUUGCUCGGUUGGAGAAAGAGAUUGAAGGAAUGAAGACGGAAUCUGAGAAAAAAGGAGAAGAAUGUAUGAGUCAAGGUCGGUGUUUGAGGAAUGUGAUUGUUUGUGGGGUUGGAAUGGCGUUACUUUGCUGCUACUACUACUUCUUUGUUUAGUCAUGUUUUGUAAUCAUAAGUCAGCCUAUGUUUUAUGUAACUCAGACUUAACGUAUUAAAUAACUCAGCCGUCAUACUAAUGAUAAUUCAGCCAUAAUUAAACAUAACCCAGCCAUAAGUGACGAAAACUCAGCCGUAAUUAAACCAAAAGAUUCACAUUACAUCUUCACCAAUUCCUUGUGUCGCUAAACUGGCUUAUCGGUUCAAAAUCACGGAAGAAGCACUUAAUGUACUUCGUAACAAUAACUCAGCCGUAUCAUUUUAAUAAUCUCAGUCUUAACGUUUAGGUUGGUUUAACUCAGACCGUAACGUUUAUUAAGUCAGAUCUAACUCAGCCGUCAUUAAACAAUAACUCAGCCAUAAUUAAACUAUAAAUCAGCCAAAAGAAACAAUAACUCAGCCUUCAUUACAUUAAUUUGUUGUUCGACAUACAUAAUGACAUAGCAAAGAACAUACGAAAAGAUAAGAUUCUGAUACAUUACAUCUUCACCACUUCUUUGUGUCCCUAAACAAGCUUAUCGGUUCAAAAUCACGUAAGAACAUGCCCAUCUCUUUGAUCCAGAAACAGCGGUCACACAUGUUGUCAUCCUUAGCCACAUCAAUGUGCCACAAGCAGCGACAUUGUCGCUCCACAAGAUUUUCACAUUGGCAACUAUAAAACAACAGAAGAUAAGCUGAAAUGAACAUGGCCCUAUGUUGGCGGAACUCGUCAGAAUCCACAAACCCCAUCCCCAUUUUACAGAUCGCCUAGUUUCUCGAUCCUGUCAACUGAUUCUCUUGGAAUACCAGCAAAAUACUGCCCAUCACACCAAAAGGUUGCUCGAGUAAUUGCGUGUAUAUACACAAUACACUCAUAUGCUGCAUCUGCAGCACGCUUCAUUAGAGAAAGCCCUUCUUCUUUAAGGCUGAAUGAGAAGAAAAACUGUACACCUUUUAUAUAAAGUGUUCUUGAAUUUCUCUCAGCGUAGUAAGUUUUCAACAACUCAGAAGGCAUAUUGAGUACCCAGGGAACGGAUAACACAUCGUAAAAUGGUAUACCCUAUGCCGCUCUGCUAACACCUUCAUCGACUUGGACGAUGCUUUGAGGCCAUAGAGAUCUUGGAAGGAGUUACGGGCCACACGUUCAACCACCAAUGCCUGAAUUUCAUCAGACAAUUCGAAAAGAGGGAAAUAUUUCAUUUACUCUCAGAGGGGUGAAGUUGAUUUAGAGAGAGAGAGAGAGAGAGCAAUUGUGUAAAAAAAUAGAGAGUUGAACAUGUAAUUGUCCGAGAAGUGCCUUAUUUAUCGGCAGUAAAACGGUUUUCAUACCGCGACGUUUCUUAUUUUGGGCGGGAAGUUAUUCCAUAACCCAGACGUAAUGUAUUUCAUUCAAUAAACCAGCCAUUUAUUAUAAUAACUCAGCCGGAAUUGACUUCACGACGUUUCGUAUUUUUGGCAGGAAUUUUAACAAUUGCGUUUGAAAAAGAGAGCUGACAUUAGAAAUCGAGACCAUUAUUAUGCGUGAGAUAAAAUUCGGAUGCCGUGAGUAAUUUAAUCUCAGCAAGAAAGAGUAAUUUAAUUCGCGACUUUCGUAUUUUAAGAAUCAAUAAUUAUGUAGGGGCUAUUAAGUUAUGUAGGGACUAUUAAGUACAGACAUAUCAUUUUUCGAUGUUUUCCUCAGCUGUAAUUGGCUAAUUAUGCCGCCAUUGUUUUGGCUUGUAAAAAUACGUCUGAAACUAAUACCAAGAUAUGGCAAUCCAAAACCCAGCCAUAAGCUUAUCUAUGUUGAGAAAUGAUAUCUAGGUGUAUGUGUAAUAGUUUUGUUUAUGGUAUGUUUUAUGAUUUGUAUGUGUAUUAUUUUAGUUUUGAAUUCUUUUGUAAAUUUGAAGAGAUGUUAAUCAAAAGAAUUUGGUAUAUAUGUUCAUGUUUUUCUCAAAUUACUUGAGAUUAUUCAAAUUAUUGAUACAACAUACCAAAAAUAUUUUUAAACCAUUCUACCCACUCAUAACAAAACACAACAACACAAAAACUUAGUCAAAUUUACUAAAACUAAGAGAGAAGACUUCACAAGAAAAAUUAAUCAAAUUUACAAAUAUCAAACUUGAAUUUUAAGUGAAAGUUAAAAUUUUAAAUCUCAUGUAAGUUAAAAAUUAUACUUUAUAAUCUAAAAGGACACAUUAAACCACAUGACUUGAUAUUUUUGAACUUACUUAUCACUUUUGAAAGUUAAAACAUACCUUGAAGUUACUUAACACUCUUCAAAAUAUAACGUAGAAGACUUCUAGAGAAGUCUUCUAUCGGAUUAGCUAGAAAUAUUAGUAAACAUAAAUAUUUGAAAUCUCAUAAUUAUCACUAAAUAAAUUAUGAAUUUCAACCAGGAGCCCUAAUAUUAACUAAUACACAUGAAUUAUUUAGAAAAUAUUAAAAAAUCAUUUUAAUUGUAGAGAAAAUGAAAGUUUAUUAAACAUAGACGUAAAAGAUUUCUUAAGAAGUCUUCUAUUUAGGCCAUUUUGCAAUUGCAAAUUCACGAAGGAAGACUUCUACUAUACACAAGACAUCUUGAGAAGUCUUCCUUUUUAAAUAUUGGCUUAAUUUUGAAUUUGAAAAAUUCUCGAAAAUUCCAGAGAAGACUUCUCGAGAAGUCUUGUCGGAUAAACAUGUUAGUUUUGCAAUUGACUAAAGGGUGUCAAAAAAUUGACUUUUUAUUGAAGAUUUAUGGGGAAGUCUUCUCGAAAAAGACAUCUAUAGAAGUUUUAUGAAAGUCUUCUCAAUGUCGCAAAAAUUCUACCUAAAAUACUUUUGCAAUUGACUAUAUUUGACUUUUUCAGAGAAGACUUUUGUAGAACUAUUCCGUCGGAAGACUUCUACCGAAGUCUUCUCUUGUAACCAAAGGUUUGACCAAAACCCGGAAUAAAAUUUGAGAAGGCUUCUCAUUAAUAUUAAAUGUUUCACUAUUAUUUUUCAAUUGCAAAAGUAACUCACGCAACAAUGAGAAGACUUCGAGAAAACUUUCAGAAGAUUUUUAUAGAUUUUUUUUCCGAGAAGUCUUCUAUAAAAAGUCAAAUUUCUGACAAACUUUGAUCAAUUACAAAAUUUCUGGGAUUUUCGGUUUUUUUUCUUAAUAAAGAAAAGUUAGAAGACUUCGACUUCCUUGAUGGAGAACACAUCUAGCGAAGUCUUCUGAAACUCUAGUCUUCCAAAAGUCUUCGCGAACAAAUCUGAGAAAAAUAAAAUGGUUUCAUACUUUGAGCCUGUGAGAUUAGUUGCUUUGCUUCUCCAAGCACCCAAAACUUCACUACAAAAGCUACCUAGUCGUUAAUCACCACGAAUCAUGAGGUUUAAUGUCUCUAUGAACCUUACAAAGUUUGGAAUCAAAAUCUUAGUUUUUUUGGAUGAAUUUGAAGAGAGAGAGUGAAAGAUAUGUGAUUUUUGUGCAUAACUAAUGAGAUAUGAAGUGUAAAAAUCAAAAUUUGGUGCAUUAAAAGUUACAAAUUGGUUGUUCAUGGUGGUUAGUGUAUUGAUGGCAAUGACAAUAUUAUAAAUAUUUGGUGAAAAUGAGGAUGAUAAGGUAAAAGAAUCAUUUUCAAAAAAAGAGAAAAAAAUGUAAUGACAUUUUCGUAAAUAAUUCAAACUUUUAGGCUGAAUAAAAAAAAUAAAGUUUCAAAAAAAACAUGAGUUAUUUUUGUAUUUGACUUGAAAUUUUAGGUCAUAUUUAAAAAAAACCCAUACAUUGAAUACCUCAAGUUGAACUUUUAGAUUUUCAAUCCGGUUUGACUUUUGGACAUGUUCUUAAGAUUAAAGUCAAUAACCAUUAAAGCCGGUUCUGUUAGUUGCUUAUCAAUUAUUUAACGUCGUAUCUUCUUUAAUGGGCUUCUAAAUUUAAUACUACUAGGUGAAAUUUGUACACUAAUUUUUGUUAAAUAAAAAUUAACAAAGACACAAUGUUUACAAAAUUUACAGCAAUUAAGAAAUACGGGAGAUAUAUAGACGUAAACUUGUUUUAUUCAUCUUCUUCCUCCCUCCAAUAGACUUAUAACUAGAUUUAGAACUAACAAUCGAUUUCAUCUCUGAAGAGAAACUAUAGUCCUCGCAUUAAUAAACAAAUGAUUGGAGAUACGCAUACCUCAAAUAAUGCACCCAAUCUACUGAAGCCAAGAGAACACUACAUAUAUGCACAAUCAUCACGGAAACCGCUAUGACGCAAGAUUGGGUUUCAGAAUCUGCGUGCAAAAACUAAAUCUUCAAAAACUCAAUCAACCAAUCAGCUUCAGUCAUCAGACUACCGGACUCAAUAAUAGACCUUAAAGAUCGACCAUCCAAAAAGACCAGUAAAACCAAAAUCCAAAACAAAAAUGAGUCAAAAAUCAAACCCUUCAACGUGAUCUUUGUUGGGCCAAAUUCUUUCUAUAUAUAAUUGGCUAUCUCUUUCCAGUUUUCAUUAAAAAAAAUUGUUGACUUCGAAGCAUAUCAGACUCAGUGACAUGGAUCUUUUUAUUAUAAAACAUUAAAUUUAAUAAGUCACAGCAAUCCAGCCUACAAAAACAGAACUGAGUCAUAUUAAAGAGCCAAUCCUUGAAUACUAAGGCUUUUAUAACUGUUAUAACCGUAGUGCAGUUAAACUGCUUGUCUCGUACCGCUCAAACCGUAGUUACCAUUCGGAGCCUAAUUAAUUAAAAUAUUGGCUCCGAAUGGUGACUACGGUUUGAGCGGUACGGGACAAGCGGUUCAACUGCGGUCCGGUUUUAACAGUUAUAAAAAAUAUUUAGAUAUAUAGUAUAUGUAAAGAUUUUUGUUACUGUUAACUGAGGGACGGGACGGGACGAUGGUCACCAUUCAUUCGAAGCCUUAUAAUGAUUUGUUUAGAAUAUGUUACUGAAACACAUCUGGCUAUGUUCGUUCCAUUCCAAGAAACAGUCUCGUGAUCGACUUCUCAUCCAUUAUAAUCAUCCUAUGUUCAAUAUUUCUCCACAUCGAAAUUCUUUGCCAUCAAAUCAAAUCUUUCUUCUCAAUCUUCACAUGUUACGCAUUUGAUCAUCUGACAGCGAUAUACACCAGAUAUACACCAACGUAAAGAGAAUCAGUAUCGUCUUUGCAUCCAACUUCUUAUAUAUUUUUUUCUCAAGAAAGUUAAAAUAUAUAUAUCAAAACCCCAAAUGGUGAGAAAUUUUUAUAUAGCGUUUCGUGCUAACUAAUUUUAUGGCGUUUUUGGUGAGUCUUUCCUGAAUGGCCUUAACUUAUUUGUGUUAUUUACUUGAAUAAGAGAAUUUUUUUUCUUUUUCAAGUAGUCUGUUUAAGGAAAGUAAAUAAAUAUCAGAGUUUUGGUUCGUUUUGAUGAUCAUCAAAGUCUUGCCUUCUGAUUAAAGAAUCUGAACUUGUAGAUGUAAUUCAAAGAACUUCGGUUUCUUGAUCAGAACUUGAAAACUUGGGGCUCAAUCAUGAUUAUUACCAGACAUAAAAGAGAUGUAAACGUGUUCGUGCUUCAACUAGGAGCUGCCUUAGCCAUUUCAUUCGCCGGAUUGCUCUUUUCUCGAUUUAAAAAGCAAACGAAAAGAAUCGGGCCCACUUUGCCUACUCUUCGACCUCAAUCUCCUGAUCACGGAUACAGAGGAAGCUCUAACAAAUCCGUUGAUAGAGGAGAUUCAGAAACGCCUAAGACUAGUGAAGAAGAGACUUCAAUUGGUUUUUCGCCAAGAAGUGAAUGUGAUGUUGAUGAAAAAGAUGUGUUUCUUUUACCGGAGUUUGAAGAUGAAGUUAACAAGUUAGAUUUGUUGGUCUAUGAUGACGAAUGUGAAACCCCGAAGUCAGAUUUAUCUGCUCCUUUAGCGUUUCCUACAACAGAGGAAGCUGGUCAUGAGAAUGAGAUUAAGCGGUUAAGAAACACGGUGAGAGCGUUACGUGAGAGAGAGAGGUGUCUUGAGGAUAAGUUGUUAGAGUACUAUAGUCUCAAGGAGCAGCAAAAUAUUGCAAUGGAGCUUCGAAGUAGACUGAAACUAAACCAAAUGGAGACUAAAGUUUUCAAUCUCAAGAUCAAGUCGUUGCAAGCCGAAAACGAGAAACUCAAAGCUCAAUGUUCUGACCAUUCUAAAGCAGUCUUGGAGCUGGACAUGGCUAACUCUCAUGUUGAGGUGCUUAAGAAGAAACUCAACAUUAAAACCCAACAACACGUAGAGCAGCUAUUGUCACUUAGAGAACGAGUGGCGAAGCUUCAAGAAGAUGAGAUUAAGGCUACUUUACCUGAUCAUGAUGCAGAUAAGAUGAUGCAUAGGCUAACGGAAUUGGAAGGAGAGAUCAACGAGCUUAGAGAUUGCAACAUGAGAUUACAUUUUGAGAAUUAUGAACUUGCUGAGAAGCUGGAGUCUGUUCAAAUCAUAGCAAGUUCUAAGCUGGAGGAUCCAGAGGAGAUGGAGACAUUACGAAAAGAUGGUAACAGAUUGAGGAGUGAAAACGAAGAGUUGAAGAAGGAGAUAGAGCAGCUUCAAGGAGACCGAUGCAGUGACCUGGAGCAGCUUGUUUAUCUCAAAUGGAUAAAUGCUUGCUUAAGAUAUGAGCUAAGGACUUACAAGCCACCCGCGGGUAAAACUAUCGCUAGGGAUCUUAGCACUACUCUAAGUCCUAACUCAGAAGAGAAAGCUAAGCAACUGAUUCUUGAAUACGCACACGAGGAAGAUCAUACAUAUUAUGAUGAUCAAUGGUCAUCUUCUCAGGAGGAAGCAUCAUCGAUGAUCACUGACUCUAUCUUCUUAGAUGAUUCUUAUGUUGACACUUUGUUUGCUAAGAAAACGAGAAAGUCAGGGAAGAAGAAGCUUAUGCAUACGUUGAUGAAGAUCUUACACGGUAAAGAUAGUACUCAAGAGCGUAACAAGAGAGCUGGUUCAUCAGAACCGAGCAGUUCAAGGACAGGUGUUCGUACCACUCUUACUAGGCUUCGACCAUCUCGUUCUAUGGACUUCCAGAUGUUGCUGUGUGGCAAAGACGAGGAGGAAGAGUUUAAGGAUCACAUCAGGAUGUUACGAGGUAAGAGUGAAGCAGCAAAGUCAUCCAACUAUGGAGAAGAAGAGUGUAAUUUGAAAUCAGAUCAACAGAAGAAGAAAGAGCUGGUUAAAUACGGCGAAGCGCUUAGGAAGUCUAGUUCCACGAAGAAGCUUCAUAAGAAAUCUGUGUCGUUAUUCUUCAGAGAGUAACUAGACUUCCUGUGUGUAUAGAGAUACUAGCUCAAAGUUGUAUAUUUGUGGAGCAAAACAAAUGGGUUGCAAUUGGAUUAUUAGGUUUCGAAGAUAAUUGCGGUUUGAGCAGUGCGGGACAAGCGGUUUAACUGCGGUGUGGUUUUAACAGUUAUAAAAACGUAUAGAUAUAUGGUAUAUGUAGAGAUUUUUGUUAUUGUUAACUGCGGUGCGGGGCGGAACGGUUCGUAACAUUCGAAGCCUUAACUUUUGGAAUGGAAUAAUUUGCAAUGGAUUAUUCCAUUAAUUAUAUUUAUUUUUUUACAUUUAACUUUAAUGGAAUAGAAUAGAAUAUUCAUUCUAUUAAUUUCAUAACCAUUCCAAAAAAUUUGCAAAGAAAACAUCCAUAUACAAUUCUGAUUUGGAAUAGACAGAAUGCAUAUAUUCCAUUUUAACCAAUUUAAUCAUUUUAUUUCAUUUAUUUUUAUUCCAUUAAUUUCAUUUCAUAGUUGUAUAACAUUUUCGGAAUUCGGAUCCAUUGGAUCCUCACAGAUCUUAUUCACCUUCCUAUGGUUGGAGAAGUAUCUGCUCAGUUAGAUCUCUAGUUAAUAAAAGGCUAAUCAAAAGAGUGAAAACAUGACAAACUAUCUCCGUAUGGAAUGAUCCCUGGAUUCCUGCUCCUCACCCGAGGUCAGCUAAACCAAAAACGCUACCCCAAUUUUUAAAUUUUUCUUUGAAGGUGGAUCAUCUCAUCGAUCCGUUGACUAAGUUUUGGAAUAUGGAUUUGCUCAAUGCAUACAUACAUCCGAAUGAUGUUAAAAUUAUUAGAGGUCUGGCUAUAUGUCGGAAUGAUAGGAAGAAUUCUUAUGGGUGGUCCUUCACAGAGUCAGGAAAAUAUACGGUUAAGUUUGGAUAUAGAGUUUAAUCAUUAUUUCCAGAUAAAGCACAUGAAUUACUUCCUUAUGGUCCGAAUAUCAAACCACUUUUGGCUUUUUGCUGGAAACUUAAAUGUUCCUCGAAACUGAGACAUUUUGUUUGGCAAGUUCUCUCAUGUACUAUAUCGGUUGCAAAACAUUUAAGGUCACGGGAGAUUAACUGUGAUACCCGAUGUAGUGUAUUUGUGGCACAUAGGAAGAGUCAGUUAAUCAUGCUUUAUAUGAAUGUUCUCCAACUCUGCAAACUUGGGCUUUAUCAAAAAAAAA